CGUGCGGCCGCGGCCCCGAGCGAGCGGCUGCCGAGCGCCUUCCGGGGAGGGGACGGCGAUGACCGGCUGUCCCGUCCCUCCCGAGGCUCGUCCUGCCGCGGCUCUGUCCCCGCUGUCCCCGAGGGUCUCAGCGCCCAGCGGUGCUGGGAGGGGUUGGGUCCAUCGCAGAGGGGUUUGGGUGCUUCCCAGGGUUGUAUCCCGCCGUGCUCCCGGCCCUUUUGGAGCCCUGCCCCCUGCACCGCAGCCCUGGGCACGCAGGGAUGGAAUCCGCAGGCAGUGACGGUGCCUGUGCCCGUGUGCCACCGCGGGCAGCGACACGGGGGAUCGAUGCCCUGGGUGGCCACCGAGCCUCCUUCCACCCCAGCACCGAGAGCUGCGGAUGCUGUGGCCCCCAGACCCUCUGGAUUCAGGCAUGUUUAUUGUUACCAGGGCUUAAGAUAAGCUCCAUCCCCAGCUAGGAUGGGGUUAAGAGCGGAAUGUGUCGCUUUGCUCGUCCGCGGGACACUUGGCAGACCUCUGGACACAGAGCAUAUGUCCUGCAUCCGAGGACAGUGGAAGGAGCAGCGUCUCUGUCAAAUGAGCUGUUGUUGAUGGGUCUGUGCUGUCCUCCUGCCAGUCAUUCAUGCAGGGGAAAAGCACGCUCAGCCUUGGUUUGUUUCCUGGUCUUUGAAAGGGAACAGCUUGGAGAUGGCACUGGCACACAAUGGGAUCUCAGUUGAGGACAACUAAACCAUAGCUUCUCCCGGAGUUAUGUAAUGGGCAGAGGGCAUAAAACACUCUGUCUGUUCUGUAGAAAGGUACGUGGUUCUGUGUGUGGCACAGGAGGGGAUGAGUGACCUUAACCCUGGCUGGGGAGCCCCAGGGACUAGGGCAGGUGUUUUUGUGGGCGGCGUGGAGCCGCUCCUUGGCGCGGUUUGGGGCAGGUACGAGCUUGGAGGAGCACACGGUUCAUGGCCAGGCGCUGCUGGGGAUUCCACAGCCUGGGGCAGAUGGCAUUCAGGAGGACACAGACAGGCUGUGGUGGCUGGCAGCACCCCAAAGGGGAGUGAGGGAAUACAGAGGUGUGGCAGCAGUGGGGAUCAGGGAGGCUCCAGCCCUGCCUGGCUCAGGUCUGAGCCUGCCCGGAGCCUGCAGCACGGCCUGGCUGCUCCCGGUGCCUGACCAGGUCCUGGAGCCCCCAGGCUGGCCCUGGCACACGGUGGCCCCGUGAGGAGCGCGGGCAGUGACAACAUCCCGAAUGUGUCGGUACAGGCCCUGCCUGCGGAGCACCCUGGGAAGGCGGAGGCCGAGUCCUGCGCUGUCCCAAGGUUCCCGUGGCUCAGCAUAAAUUCCUGCUGCCUUACUGGGAGGUGUUCAGCCACCUGUCUGUCUGUCUGCCCUCAGCUUGCUGCUCCCCUGGGCCUCCACCAUGUCUCGGAGCCCCUCUCCUGCCUAUGUGGAUGACAAGACCUUGCUCCUGGAGUACCGAUGCCACCCAGUGCAGCCGGAGCCCCCCAGCCCAAGCUGUGCCCCUGGGAAGCGCAGCUCCACCACGGCUCCCAGUGCCACCUCACUGUCACCACUGGCCUCCCCCACCUCGGCCGAGCCGCGUCGCAUCAUCCUCAGCACGGACAGCCCGGCCGCGCUGAAGGUGGGAACGCAGCAGCUCAUCCCCAAAAGCUUGGCCGUCUCCUCCAAGCCCAAGAACAGCCCCUCCCGGCACCAGAGCUUUGGGGCGAGACGGGAACCCCUGAGCCCCGACCCGAAGCGGGCGGCCGUCCCCAUCCUGGCCCCGGAGGCAGAGGAUGAGGAUGAUGGCGGAGGGGCCCUCAAGCGCAACCUGAGGAACAUGUCAUACCGCGCGGCCAUGAAGGGGCUGGACGCCGGGCUGGACACCGAGCUGGAGCCAGCCAAGGCCGCUCCCUCACUGAAACCCGUGUCUGAGGAUGGCAGCGCCCUGCCCAGCCACAGCCCCGCCAGGAGCAAGAGAACCCUCGGAAGGAAGCGGGUGCAGAAGCGUGGUGGCUCCUUCAAGGACCAGCCCCGGCUGUAUCAGGAGAUCCGUGAGAGAGGUCUGAACUCUGUCAGCCAUGAGUCAGACGAGGACUUGCUGGAGGAGUCCCUGCCAGAGGAGCCGUCCUCUCUGGGCUCCACGAUCGUGGUGCAGAGCUACCGCCCGGCCCAGCUGACCUGGAGCCAGCUCCCAGAGGUUCUGGAGUCAGGCAUCCUGCAGAGGAUCUCACCCGAGGAGCGCAAGCGGCAGGAGGCAAUGUUUGAGAUCAUCACUUCUGAGUACUCCUACAUGCACAGCCUGAGCAUCCUGGUGGGCCACUUCAUGAAGUCAGAGGAGCUGAAGGAGACCAUGACUCAGACAGAGCACCACCACCUCUUCUCCAACAUUGGGGACAUCCUGACAGUCAGCACGAGCUUCUUUGAAGACUUGGAGAAGCGACACCAGGAGCACCUCCUGAUCCCUGAUAUCAGUGACAUUGUGGAGGAACACGCCUCAAAACACUUCAACCCCUACAUCAGCUACUGCUCCAAUGAAGUCUAUCAGCAGAGGACACUGGAUAAGCUGCUAACCACAAACCCCUUAUUUAAAGAGACCCUGAAACAAAUUGAAAGGAAACCAGAGUGUGGAGGCCUGCCAAUGAUCUCAUUUCUCAUUCUGCCCAUGCAGAGGGUAACACGGCUUCCUCUGCUCUUAGAUACCGUCCAGCAAAAAACAAACGCACGCACCGCAGCGUACGGAGCUGCCACCCGCGCUGUGAAGGCCAUCAGCAAGCUGGUCAAGAGCUGCAAUGAUGGAGCUCGGGCUAUGGAGAGGACAGAGCAGAUGUACACCUUGCAGAAACAGCUGGAAUUUGGGAAGAAGAAGCCCUUCCCGCUGAUCUCGGUGUCCCGGUGGCUGCUGAAGCGGGGGGAGCUGCACCUGCUGCUCUCGGAGGAGGCCGGGAUCUUCCGCCGCGGUGCCGGCCGCCUCUGCCACCUCUUCCUGUUCAAUGACGUCCUGAUCAUCACCAAGAAGAAGAGCGAGGAGAGUUACACGGUCAUGAACUACGCCACACUGGACCAGGUCACUGUGGAGAAGGUGGAGAGCUCAGAUCCACCCUCCCCUCCUCCUGGCAAGGCCGGUGGGCACCUGCUCCGAGUGGUGCUGGAGAAGGACAGUGAGGGCCGGCGGGAAGAGGUGGUGCUGUCAGCAGAGACGCUGAGUGACCGGGCCCGGUGGAUCGCGGCGCUGAUGCACAGGGAGAAGGAAAAGCCCGACACCACUCCCAAAGGAGAGCUGAGCCAGGUGGAGAUCACCCGUGCCUACCUGGCCAAGGAGGCGGACGAGCUGUCCCUGCAGCAGGCAGACGUAGUCCUGGUGCUGGGGGGAGAGGAUGAUGCCUCUAACCAGCACCUCCAAGGGAGGGGAGUGGUGCAUCCGCAGGAUCCAUGGCCCUUCCUGGCCCUGUCACCUGCUCUGCUCUCUCCCAGGCUGGUGCUGGGGGGAGCGGCUGCGGGACGGGGAGCGGGGCUGGUUCCCCCAGGCCUGUGCCCGGCCCAUCACGAGCCGCGUGGCCGCGGAGGGCAACGUGCGGCGCAUGGAGCGGCUGCGCAUCGAGACCGACGUGUAGGGACACCCCGAGGGACCCUCUGCCUCAGGGAGCUCCAGACCUCUGCAGACUGAGCCCACGGAGAGGAGGCAGCAGCAGAGCCUUUCUUCCUGAGCUGUGCUUGUCUCGGGUGGCAGAUCCCAUCGGCCAGGACAGGUCCGUGUGGCAGCUGGGACACAGCAGCUGCUGCAGUGAGAGCUGGCGCCGGUGACCUGGAACAGGCUCCGGGAGCAGCCGAGGGCUUGGCUCAGGUUGGAAAGGCUGGAGCUGUUCUGGGCUCUGAGGUGCCUGUGCCACCAUCUCCGUCCCUGCUGGCAGCUGGGCCAGCACCUGCUGCACACCUGGUGUGGGGAGAGCACACCCCACUCAGGGAUUGUUAGGAGCUGAAAUCCAUGUGCUUGGCUUAUUCCUCAACCCAGUUUUUGCUCCUGUUUCCUUUUUCUGGCCCUCCCCCCAACAAUAAUUCUUGUGCCCUUCAGGCAGAGCCGUGCCCUGCACAGGUGAGGUGAUGCCAGACACCUUUCAGUCCCUUGAUAAAAUACUUGAUGCCAGAGUUGUUCCCAUGGACUCAGCUCUGGGGCCAGGAAGGAGAUAUGCUCCAGGCAGAGGGGGAAGCAGGGGCAGGAUGAGGAUGCUGCAGCUCCCACCUGCCUUUCCCUCCUCCCAGCUUGGGGAGAGUGUUCUGCCCAGGGCUCAUCCCUUCACACCUCGUGCAGGGGAUGUGGCAGCUACAAUUUUGGGGUGAGCCAGCCCCAUACACUGCCAGCUUCACAUUCACAGGGGCAGUGUUGAUGUCUGUUCUGAUCAAACUGUUAAAUUGUAAAUUAAGGUAACAAUAAAUUCUUGGAUACCAAUGAA